GGCUCGCACCGGGUCCGGGAUUCCUGGGGCAGCGCCAGGUCCGCGACCUGAGAGCCACUGCUCCGCGCUCUGCCAGCAUGGGAUCGGACAGGGUUAAGGCCAUCACCUGCAGUCGAAGUGCGACCCAGAUGGGAAGUAGGAAGUGCGGCGCCGAGCUUCCUGUAUAAAUAAACGCUCUGGCUGCUUGCGCCCCAAGCUGCUGGCUGGUUCUGCAAGGUUCCUGCCUGUCAAGACAAGGAGGCGGAGAGGGACUCCUCCUCUUCCCGAGCUGUAGGUCUGGGCGUGGAGUCCUGUGGCAAUCCUGCAAAAGUGUAAAGCUGUCAGCCAGGCGGAGCACUCAGGGAGAGGGGAGAGAAUGAGAGAGCCCUCCUUCUUCUCCGGUGUGCCAGCUGCCCCGACUGGCCCAGGCUGGACCUGCUAGCGAGACGCCAGCAGCCCGAGGACCUCAGCUCCAGCCAGGAAUAGAGGCGGCUGAAGACAGGCUGAUGGACUCCGUCGAUGGACUCCAGUGUCUGACCAUGACUGCGGAAAACCCUUCCUCUGGAGACCUGAUUCCUGCCCCGCUUGUCACAUGCAAGCUCUGCCUGUGUGAACAGUCCCUGGACAAGAUGACCAUGCUCCAAGAGUGCCAGUGCAUCUUUUGUACGCCUUGCCUGAAACAGUAUAUGGUGCUGUCAAUCCGAGAAGGAUGUGGAUCUCCUAUCACUUGUCCUGACAUGGUGUGCCUAAACCAUGGGACCCUGCAGGAAACUGAGAUCGCCUGUUUGGUGCCUGUGGAUGAGUUCCAGCUUUAUCAGCGGCUAAAGUUUGAACGAGAGGUCCACAUGGACCCCCUCCGGACAUGGUGUCCUGUCGCAGACUGCCAGACCGUGUGCCAUAUUGCCCCAGGAGACCCAGGACAGCCUGUGUUGGUGGAGUGCCCUUCUUGCCACCUGAAAUUCUGCUCAUGUUGCAAGGAUGCUUGGCACGAGGAGUCCUCCUGUCGCGACAGCCAGUCGGCGAUGCCGGAGCAUGGGGCCCUCUUUGGGACAGAUGCCGAUGCCCCCAUCAAGCAGUGCCCAGUCUGCCGCAUUUACAUUGAGCGCAACGAAGGCUGCGCCCAGAUGAUGUGCAAGAACUGCAAGCACACAUUUUGUUGGUAUUGCCUGCAGAACCUGGAUAAUGACAUAUUCCUCAGGCACUAUGACAAAGGGCCAUGCCGGAACAAGCUCGGCCACUCGAGGGCAUCGGUCAUGUGGAACCGAACACAGGUAGUGGGGAUCCUUGUGGGAUUAGGUGUCAUUGCCUUGGUGACUUCACCCUUGCUGCUCCUGGCCUCUCCCUGUAUAAUCUGUUGUGUCUGCAAGUCCUGUCGAGGCAAGAAGAAAAAGCACGAUCCAUCCACAACCUAAAGUCACCUGCACAGACAUCCGGGUCACAGGAGACAGCACAUCUUCAGUAAAAGCCCCACAUAGCGACCUUGCCUCCUUCUCCUUGCCAAACUUUGGAAGUGCCUCUGUCUAGACUUUGAACUUGCCUGAAAGAAUCUGAUGUUGGAAAAGGCCACAUCCCGGGCCUGAGUGGGCCUGUGUAUCGAGAAGCAACCCCACAGUCCAGACUAUGUCUGUGGAGCAGGUCGGGACCUUUGCUUUAGCCUGGGAGACUCUAACACGUCGCCAUCUUACCAUCUGAAGGAUCCCACCUAGCUGCUCAUCUUCCAUCCAAACCAAGGAGCCUGGAUGAAUAUUCAGUGUAGUCACGGUAUUACCGUGCCUGGCAGCAUCACAAACCGAGCAAACGUCUGUAUUGGUUCCACUGCCACGAGACACAUGGCAGAAGCCCAGAGUCGGAGGGGAAGGAUGGUACCGCAUAAGAAGAAAUUCUCUGAGCAGGGAGCCGGGCUGCUUAUCUCAGGAGUCGAUGCACUGGCUGGCCUGCCUGCGCCAGCUACCGCGUGUGCACUUCUUCAGCGCUCCCACAGUGACUUGGCAGAAACAUAAUCUCUCUCUCCCUGUGUGAUCUCAUCUUCAGGCAGGAGGAACUGCUGUUUGGAGGGAGUUGUCCCUUCCCAGGAAAAGGUUGUAACUAGUAAGGCAGCAUGGCCUCAUUCACUGUCUGUUGUUGGGCAGAUGUUAUUCUUGUAACUGGUUCACCACUCACAGUCAGCCCGCAGCUGUGGGCUAUAAAAGUGUUUUAUAUGGGAUGUGAGUGGGGAAGCUUCAAAGCCUUCGUUGUAGACAGCAGGGUCCUUUCUUGGGCUCUGUGGUCAUUCAUAUUCCCAACAGAUUAGGAGUUGGACUAGACAGUGUAUGUACAUCAACAGUACACGUUGUAGUUCGUUCACACAUAUAGAACCCAUGUGACUCCAGCUGGGCAUAUGUGGAGAUACCCAAUGGAUAACACAAAACAAGAUUAUUUUAAAAGACCUUGUCCCUUUCUAUGACUAAAAUGAUUUAUCUAUCAGCAUAAGAGGUUUUUGGGGGGGAGGGGUUGGCUUUAUUUGCUUAGUACACAGGUGAAUUUUUGAUGUAAGUUACUAACUUACUCAAGAAGGUAGACUCAAAAAUCUUUUAAAACAACCCCUAGUGCAGUUUUAUGCCUCUGUAAAGUGAUAAUCAGGUUAUUUAUAUACUUUCAGACACAAUUUAGAGCAGCUCUUUCCUCAGUCUAAUUUAGCCUCAUUCUCCCAGGAGCUGUCCAGACAAUCUGAGUGCUUUCUGUGUCCUCAAGAAACACAUAAUAUGACAACAAAAAAUCAGAUGGAAACAGUUCCUGUGUCUUCAGUCACUGGGAUUCGUGUCACCUCCUUGUGACGCAUCCUGCCUGUUAUACAACUAAUCAGCAAAUAGGUUUUGAAAAGACGAACCUAUUUUUCUCUAGCAUUAUACAGUUGCCAUUAGCAAAGCAGCCUGGUGCUUCCUAAGAACUGUGUGUGUUCCGCGUUAACAGAGACCUCUCCAGGAAGCCGGGGAGAGUAUUGAGGGCCUAUGCUGUCUCCCCUGGGGGAACUAGGUGACUAGAUUGUUAAACUGCUGCUAUUCCAGAUCUGUUAUCAAAGACCUGUUAUCAUCAGCCUUGCCUCUGCAGUGGAAUGUAUCCUAAGUGGGCAUGUAUAUAUUCAGGAGAUCACAUGUGUAUAUUAGCAUCUGAUAUAUGUACAGAACAUUCCCUGGCCGUGUGCUUUUUUAAAUUCACAGUUUGUAUAAAACAUAGAACUCUAGAAAACUUCUGAAUGGCAACCAGCCCAAAUCCUUUUAAUCAUUUAUUAGAAAUUUCUCCAUAUAAAGUGGCUCCGUCUUCCGUCUUCUGGCGAAUGUCUUAAGAACAGCAGAAAAAAAAACAAAACCCUCCCUUUUGAAGAUGAAUAUAAAUUGCAUCUGAGCGGCUGACCUGCACACCUGCCUCUCUUGAGGUGAGGGGCAUUUGUCACAGCUCAAGGGAUUGCAGGAACUCAACUAAAAUUGGAUUUCUCUCCUCGGAUGUCAACAGCAGCAACAAGCACCACCCUCAGUAAAUCCCCCAGGCUCGCAUGGUUCUAAGUGGGCCAAUCUCAUGUAACCCAAAAUGUCCUUAUCUUGGAAAUAAGAGCUGGCGGUAGUAGAUUUGGAGUAAAGGUGGAGGCAAAUGCCUCGGCGAUUUCCCUGGCAACAAUGAGGGAAAUUGCCUUCUCGGAGAUUUUUAUAAAAGCAUUAUUAGUUUUGAUUUUAUUUCUUGACUGGGAGGGGAGGGUUGUUUGUCAAACUGAUUUUACAUAACUGGAUUUUUUUUUUUUUAAUGUUGCUAAGUGCCUGAUUAAUGGUGUCUUUUUCCUCAUAUAGCAAAAUGUGUGUGAGAGAGUGUGUCAGGAUCUACCUGAGACUUUGGUGGAUGGAAUGCAGGUGUGUUUAUCUCUGGAUCAUCCCAGGGCAUAAUGCCAGCCCAACUGACUUUGUUUACAAAGAGGCAAGGUGGCUACUGUGGGGGGGUGGGGGGAGGGUGUUCUCACUUUGGGUAGUUAGCCUCCUCAGAAGGCUUCCAUUCCUCCGCC